AUGUCUUUAUAAACUACAAUAUUAAGUUUUUUAAAAACUUAAGAAGACUAUAAGUAAAUUAAGUAAUACGUGGAUAGAGUAGUCAAUAAAGAUUAGUAAUUCCUUGAAUGAUUUUUUAGGACCAUCUAUGAACCAAUAUGUGAGGCGAUUAUAUAGGCUUUAAAACAAAAAGAGCCUGAAUUGACUUUAAUGGCUGUUAGAUUAGGUAAAUAGACAGUAGAGAAGAAAAAUACUGAUUUCAACACAAUGUUUUAGAAAAUUUGUUUACCUUAUUAUGAAAAAAUAGCUGAAUUUAAAAAGGAUGAUCACAAUGAUGAUAGAGGAAAAUUUUAUUUCUCAGAUUAACCAGAUAAAAAUUAGGCUAAAUUUGGCAUAAGCAUUUUGAGGUUUAUUUUAGAGAGUUUAGAAAUUUGGGCAAAAGUAUUCACUUGUAAAAGUGAUAACAUAACAUUAAGCCCUUUUUUUCUGACAUAUGCUAGACUUAUGGUAAAGAAAAUAAAAUUUCCUGAUAAAUAUAAUUACUUUAAUAAAGAGGAAGUUGAUUAAAAUACAACACUUAUGUUUAAAUAGCACUCUCGUAAUUACGCUUAAGCUUUGGAAGAAAAUAAAUCUAUUAUAAAAUCUUAGCCAAAUUAAUUGAAUUAAUAAGAUUAACCAUUUAAAUAAACUCAAUAAAAUUAAAUAAAUUAAGUAUAGAAACCUUCAACAAUAAAUACACGUGGUAAUGAAAAUCAAAAAGAAAUAAAUUCAAGUGCUUAGCUAUUGAUUAAUUAAUAUAGUGUUUUAAAGACUUAAUUAAUUGAAAGAGCUUUAAGUUUAGAUUCUAAAGCUAUUAAUCAAUAUAUUAAAGAUUUGAAGGAUGUUAAUUAGAGCUUAAAUUAAUUAAAGGAAAAGAUAGAUAGAAAAGCCGAUGAACUUCUUAGUUAAGAAGAUGAGGAUUGUUCUUUGGAACUUUUCAACGUUUAAGAUGAAAUAAGGAAUUUUUGUUUAAUCUUUUAAAAGUUAUAGAACGAAGAAAUAAAACCAUAAGAAUAUAGAAAUGAAUUUGAAAAAUAUAGAAAACAAGCUCCUAAAUAAUAGAAAGGCAAUUUAUAAUCAAUUUAUGAAGAAACUGAAAAUUCUUAGUCAUCAAUGUAAUUUGGUAAGGUUGAUAAAAAAUUUGUGCCUAAUAUGAAUAUAGAUAGUUUAGGAUUAUAAUAUAAUACAGAAUAAGUGAUGCAAGAUUUUUAAAAUUAAUUAAGUGGUAUAACUGAAUAACAUGAAAAAGAGAAAUAAAAAAUACAAAGAGAACAUGAAAUAGAAAUUACAAAUCUUAAACGAUAAAUGUAAGAAUAAGCUUAGGAAUUUAAAAAGAAGGAGACUAGAUAUAAAGAUAUAGAACAGCAGUAUACAGAAUUAUAAAGAUAGAGAAAUAAUUCAUCUUAAUCAUCAGAGGAAGUCAAGAGAAUUAAUAAUACUUUAACUGAUUAGAUAAAAACAUUGAAAUUUUAAAUUGAAUAACUUUAGAGUUUAAGUGAAAAAGAUAGUUAGGAUAUUAAUUAUAUGAGAAAUCAUAUUUCAGAAUUAAAAGAAGAACUUGAUGAAAAGAAAGAUUAAAUUGAAAAUCUUAAAAAAUCAUAGAAUCUUGAAAAAAAUUAAUACAUUGUCAAUUUACAGUAAUAAGAAGAACAUUAUAAAUAAGAAAUUAAGUAACUUUAAGAGUAGAUUAAAUUAGUAUCUUUUUCUCAUUUAAAUAAUUCAGAAAUAUCUCCAAAUGGGGAAAUUUCUAAUCUCUUAAGAAGACUAGAAAAUGAAAAGACAAGAUCUACAAAUUUGAUGAUUGAGAUAAAUCAUAAAGAUGAAUAAAUUUAAAUACUUGAGUAAGAGUUAAAACUUAAAAUAAUUGAAUUAGAAUAGUAUAAAGCUUAGUAAAAUGUCAAGUUUACUGCAUAAGAUUUAUAAAUCUAAUAAAAACAUUAAGCAGAAAUUCUAAGCUUUAAACAAUAACUACUUUAAUUAGAAACUUAAAGAAAAAUAGAAGAAAACUCUUUUAAGGAAAAAUUAAAUCUUUUAGAAUAAAAGUUCUAAAUUUAAGUUAAAGAAAAUGAAAAACUCAGGAAUCAAUCUUCUGCCUUAAUGAGAUAAAAUUAGGAAGUAAUUGAACAAUUAGAAUCUUUAAAAAAUCAAAAACCUUUGGAAUCAAUCUAAAUUGAACCUUAAAAAGAAAUAUUUCAUAAUCAUCUUGAUUUAUCAAAGAUCAAAGAGACUGAAUAUAUUUAAAUUAAUGCCCCAUAAUCUGUUUCUAGUAAAUAAAACUAUUCUUAAGCCAUUUAUCCAUCAAGAUCAAAUAAACAAGAAAAAAAUAUAAGUAACCUUCCUUACUCUGGCUAUUAACACUUCUAACAUAUAUAAGUAGAAUUUUUGGAUAAUGUUAAAAAUUUAUUUAUAAAAACUCAAUAAAUUAAAGUACCUGUUUAGAGUGAAAUAAUAUAUCCUUAUUUUACUGCUGAAGAAUAUUAUUAGAAAAAGGUUAGACCUCAUAAAGGAAUUGUUGUUUAAUUUUAGAGUCUUCUCAAUAUUUUAGUCAUGAAUUAAAACCAUUUAUUAUUGUAUAAGAUGUAUCAUUUGAAUAAAAUUGGCAAUACUAUUUUUAUUGAUAAUUAAGAUCUAAAAAUAGCAGUUUUAAAAUAAGUACAAAAAUAAGGUAAUGAUUUUUAUAUCAAUUAUGGAUUAUAUUUCAAAACUGAAUAACAGAGUUUAAAUUUAAAAGCUUAUAUUAAGAAUGCUAUGAAAUUUGAAACAAUUUGGACAUCUUAAACAGAAAUCUAAUAAAAUUUACAAAAAAGAUAAAUAUAACUUCUGGAAGUUAGUAUUAAAUCAAACUUAUCAGAAAUAUUGGUAAUACCAAUAUUAGAAGUAAAUUAUAAGUAAAAUAUGAUUAUAACUAUUUAGUAAUAAAAUCCAAUAAGUAUUUUUGCCAAUUCAAAUCCUAAGUUUGAUUUAAUACUAUAAAAUUAGUAAAAUCGUUUAUCAAAGAAAGUGGAAGUCUGCCAAAGUUUAUAGAUCUGAAAUGUUUGAAUACAAUACAAUAAUAUUAUCUAAUCAUAGAGAUAUUCCUAAAUUAAGUGAAUGCUUCACAAUCUUAAGUCCAGAAAAGAUUGAUAGUUUUAGCUAAGGUUUGGAUGAAAUUAAAUAUUUUGCUUAUUUUAAAUUGUAAUAUUAUGGCAUAGAAGGAAUUAUAAAAUUUGAAUUAAUGCCUAAUAAUAAAAUGAUAAUUUUUGUAGGAAUUGAGAAUCCUAAGAAUGUUGCUGUGAUUAAAGAUUUAAUAAAUGCGUUUUAUGACAUAUUUAUGUGA